GAGACUUCACCCCUUCACCUGACAUCCAUCUGGGUCUUCACUCUGUGUGCCGUUUGGACAACAGCUGCAGGUGACCAGACUCCCGUCUUCAUCACUCCAAACACACCGACAGCCAGCGAGACGAACACACACACAACCAUCCUCCCUAGCAAAGACAGCCGUCCAACAGACACCAGGAGCCCAGACGGACAAACCUCCAGCAGCCGUCCAACAGACACCAGGAGCCCAGACGGACGUACCUCCAGCAGCCGUCCAACAGACACCAGGAGCCCAGACGGACGUACCUCCAGCAGCCGUCCAACAGACACCAGUAGCCCAGACGGACGUACCUCCAGCAGCCGUCCAACAGACACCAGGAGCCCAGACGGACGAACCUCCAGCAGCCGUCCAACAGACACCAGGAGCCCAGACGGACGAACCUCCAGCAGCCGUCCAACAGACACCAGGAGCCCAGACGGACGUACCUCCAGCAGCCGUCCAACAGACACCAGGAGCCCAGACGGACGAACCUCCAGCAGCCGUCCAACAGACACCAGGAGCCCAGACGGACGAACCUCCAGCAGCCGUCCAACAGACACCAGGAGCCCAGACGGACGUACCUCCAGCAGCCGUCCAACAGAAAGGAGAGUAGCUCUAACAUCCAGUCCUAAUGAGGGGAGCUUUAGUCUUGGUCUGAUAGAUAUGAAUGGAGUUCAGGCUUAAUCCAGUUUAGUACUGGAGUGAUAGCCCAGAGAGCUUAUGCAUUUUUCUUACCAUUAUCUUCAAUACGUAGUAAAUACAUGUUUGCUGUGCUUACAGAUAUGAGAGGUUGGGGAGCUCCACACAGAGAGUCCCGGAAACAGGGACCGUGACGACCGUCGAAGGGACCAUCACGACCACUGCUGCCAUGACAACAAUAGUAACCAGUGCAAGUGUCGCUUCCUCACACCCCGCCUCACACCCCGCCUCACAACCCUCACACAGUCACAUCACCGGUGGCGACAAACCCCAUAGCAACAACACCAGUACCAACCCCCGCCCUCAAAAAGCCACCCUGCUGUCCGCGCCCCACUCGCAGGCCCACCCUUCCCCCUCAUCUGUUCAUAGGUGACGAGGACCACUAUGACGACGAGUCUGAAGAAGAGGAGGAAGAGGAGGAAGAGGAGGAAGAGGAGGAAGGAGGAAAACUCAUGAAGGACAAUCUGUGUGACUUUGACCCCUGCUUGCACCUGCAGAGAACCUGUCCAGAGGUCAGGGAGGCCAAGGGGCUGAGCUGCCGCUGCCCGGGCCUGUCUCCAACCUCUGUGACCCCUGACCCUGUGGUGGCGCUGGAGGUGUGGGGGGUGUGGCCUGAGGCUGUGAGGGUGCGCUGGUGCGCCCCCUUACUCGGCUGUGAGUAAGUUUAGUGUGUGGGCGCUGAGAGAGAACGGCAGCGUGUUCAGCAACGGCAGCGUGAGCGCCUGGUCACGCCAGGCCAGCGUGUUCGGGCUAGAAGCGGGGCGGAGAUAUGGAGUGUGUGUGAGCGCACAGAAUGGAGCAGGAACAUCACACACCCGCUGUGUGCCUGUGUCCACCCCGGUAGGUGCGGAGGCAGUUAAGUUUCUAUGUGCUGACGGGGACUAUGUGCAGCCCUGGUGAUGGUGGUUGUUGUGUUGAGUGUGUGUCUUCACAGGAUCAGGAGGAGAGGCCCAUCGAUGAACACACACAGUCUUUUUGACCCGCAGGCUCACGCACUCCACCAUCCACGCCUCACCAGCCUGGUUUCCAUUUCUAACCCUGCCUACACACACACCGACGAACACACUGCACCUCCCUCUGCACGCACACGCUGCCCACAGGGAGACCCCGGC